AUGUCUGUCUUCUACUACGAGCCCUUCUAUAACUGGGACCGUUUCUUUGACCAAGCGUUCGCCUUGAGUGCAGCUAAUGGCCGCCAAGCCGAGCAGCAGCGCUUGGGCGAAGGUUCCCACAACGAAAUCCAAAGGUUCUUGAAACCAAGGAUGGAUCUUCACGAGGAUGCUUCCACUAAUACCGUCACCGCCACCUUCGAAUUUCCUGGUUUGUCGAAGGACGAUAUAUCUAUCGACGUUCACAACGGCCGCUUGACCGUUUCUGCUGAGAGUAAGAUCUUAGAGGAACACGAUAAGGACGGUUAUGUGGUCACGGAGAGGCGAUACGGGAAGUUCGCUAGGACACUACAGCUCCCUCGAGGUGUAAACGAUGAUGAAAUUAAAGCCUCGAUGCAGGAUGGUGUGCUCGCGGUGACUGUCCCAAAGGUUGGGACUGAAGCGCCUGGACCCAAGAAAAUUGCCAUUGCUUGA